AUGAUGAAUGAUUAUCAACAGCAGCAGCAAUCAGCAGCUUUUGUAAAUAUUGCAAAUAUGUUUAAUCAACAAAUGCAAAUGAAUUACAGAUUGGUGACAAAUCAAACUUUGGAUAUUUAUUAUCAAUAUCUUUCAAAUGGAUUUCCAAUGGCUGAUAGGAGAGUUUUGGAAAGAGUUUUGGAGUAUAAUUCAAUAACUGCAAAUGAUUAUUCUGUAAAUAAUACAUUAUCAUCCUCAAUGAUGAGUCACUUGUAUAGUAGCAUAUCAGAGUUUGAAAAGGAUCAGUGUUUAUUAUUUACAUUACAGGCCAUGUGUUUGCAACAACUCGGUCAAAGAGAAACAGCCAAUUUAAUUUACUCAAAUGCAAGACAAAUCAUGGGUAAAUAUUUUGAUGAUCUCGAUUCUCAAAGUAUGAUGGUUGCCAUGACUUUUAUGGGAUUGUAUUUGAUUGGAGAGGGUGAAAAUAGGAAGGCCAAGAAUAUUCUAUCAUCUGUGAAGAGUGCUAUAGCUCCGUAUAAGAAUCCAGCAGAUGUCUUGCAAAGUAAUAACAAUCCAAUGCCAUCAUUUUCAUUGUCAUCAAAUGAAAAACAGCAAGAUGAUGACACCAUUUCAGAAUGGGUUAUUACGCAACCAAAGUGUUUUACUUCAUUCUUGGUAGAUACUCAGCUUCGUGGAUUGGAAGCUUAUUUUGGAGAGGAAGAAAAUCCAAAAACCUACAUUUUGGAUGGAUUUGAAACUCUUGGAAAUAAUAAUUUGAAUCUUUCAAAACUACGUGAAAUGAUUCCUGAUUGUAGAGUGUUGAAUAAGGAAGCAAUUGAUAGCUUAUUGUCGUUGCUCCCUGCUUUGGAGUGUCUAGCUAAGGUUGUCUUGACAAAUUUCAACAAGGCGCCCACACUCAAACUCCUCUACUCUUUAAUGUUCAAACAAGCUCACUUGGACAUUUUGAAAAAUGCAGAAGAAAGUAUUCGAGACAUUCCACAAAUCUUGAAUGUUUGCAGUCAAGUAAUAGAAUUGACUAGAGAUGAAUUAUUUUCAUUUUUACCAAUUGUUGCUACCAAACCAAUUGUAAUGGCCUCUACACUAAGAGUGCACUAUUUCAGUUCGCUAGAUUCAACUGAAAAUUUCAAUGAUGACCUGCGUGCCUUGAAAAUACUCUCUAAAAACUUUAAGGCCAUUCAGGCAAGCUGUGCUCCCCUCAUUAAAGCUCUGGAGAGUUUGAUCUAUUUACAGCAGAGAAAUAGUGCAUCGGGAAUAGAGUCAUUAUUUGAUUUUGGAGAGGAUAUCUUUUCCAUAGAGUCUCUUUCCAAUUCAUCACCAAGCUCAUCAAAUUGCUCGAAAGAAAAUCUAACACCACAAACCAUUUUCGAUACCUAUCAGUCAGAUUACGCCCCACUUUUCCGAGACUUUGGUAUAGAUAUGGAAAUAGUUGAUGUAUUCAUUGAGAAUAUGAGUGAACAAGAAAAAUUAUUUCAUAAUGACAAGACGAAACUAGCAGAAAAGAGAAUGGAACUUGUAGAAUCUUUCAAGGCAAUAUCUGGAAAGAAGAAGGAUGUAUUUGGCAUUGUAGCUUGUGAAUUUUUAAAGAAACAACUUCUUUUUAAUGAAAAUAACUAG